AUGGAGUCGAAACCAAUCAACGACACGGCUUGCAAUCGGUUUAUCACGCUCUUUUUAUUUCGACUGAAUUCUAUCGGAUGGAUGCGCCGUCUGCGAAAAUCGCCCUGGGGCAUUGUUUGCGUGUCAUCAAAGCGGUGCAUCAAGGCGGGGGCGUUCACGACGCUGGCUGAGGCCAACGCGAUGCGCUUUGUGGCCGAAAACACAUCGAUUACAGUCCCCAAGGUCUACUGCAGUUUUGAGCACGGCGAGAGGGUGUAUAUUUUGAUGGAAAGAGUACCAGGACGCAUACUCUCAGAGGACUGGAGCGAGCGGUCGGAAGAAUCUAGGACUCGCAUUCUUGAUCAGUUGCGAACCAUGGCUAGCGAGCUUCGACGGCUAUCGCCUCCAGAGAAUAUCACGGGGGUUGCGAACGUGGACGGUGGUCCUAUCUGCGAUGGUCGCCUUCCUGACGGUCCGUACUGGGGGCCUUUUAAGACUAUUGAAGAUUUCCAUCGAAAGCUCUGUGGUGAUAUUGGCAGCGUUGAUGAAAUUGACGAUGACCUCGAGGGAAAACUCCCCGGUUUGAGGGAGCUAGUUGCUCAGUAUAACAACUCAUCAGAGUCGCAGAAACCCGUCUUUACACACAACGAUUUGAGCCCCAACAACAUCAUGGCCGAAGGAGACACCAUCACGGCGAUUAUCGACUGGGAAAUGGCGGGAUGGAUGCCGCCUUACUGGGAGUACACGUCAACUUGGCACGUCACCCCACGGUUGGCUUUCUGGAGAGAUCACGUUGACCAAUUCUUGGAACCGUUUCCGCACGAGUUGGAGAUGGAAAAGCAGCGCCGGCGCUACUUUGGCGAGUUCGGAAUUGACAUCUAG